AUGCUAGACGUAGAUAUCGGCGAUGGAGGGAGUGAUAGAGUCGAAGCUACUGCGGGGCACAUGUACUUGUUGCUCGAAACCUACUUUGAAGCUGUUGCCGAUGAAAUUGACACACUUGUGACGGACAGAGCACUCCCUGAAGCACCCAUGUUGCCGUCAUUGGUGAGGAGAAUUGACAGCGCUGCUCUCGAAGUGGCCUUAGCUAUUGGUGCACAGGCUGGAAAUCCGAAUGAUUCAUCGUUCCCGUUGGCAAGCAGUUAUUUUUCUCACGCACGAAAGGUUGCUUUUGAAGAUAUGUUGACGAACCAGAGCUUCAGUACGGUCCGCUUGUUCCUACUUCUCGCAUUCUACACGCUCGCAGCCUGUCAUAGAAACACAGCAUCUAUGUAUCUUGGUAUAGCUGCGAAAGCGGCGAUUGUCACCGGCCUGCAUCAUUCGGCUGACUACCUCAGCCUUGACAGUGUCGAGUGUAGUAGGAGAUUACGGAUAUGGAACAGUCUACGAAACAUCGACGUACUGACCAGUUUCAUCUUGGGCAAACCCAAGAACUUACCCGCAGUGCGACACGGCACAAAUCAGACUGACUUCGUCAGCAAUAAUGUCUUUGGACAUAUGCAACCCGCAUUUAAUGCAAUUCGCGAAGGAUGCUCGCUGUUGGAGGAAAUCACUAGCAGACUCAGCCCAGGUAAUAUAGUUCACAUUCCCACAGCCGAGAAUUUGCUCGAGCAGCUACGCACUUGGACCCAGGAUCUACCUCCAGACCUUGUUCAAUUCAACCCAAAAGCGCGCAAUGCUGCUUCCCUGAACUUUGCGAAUCGACAACUACUCGUCGGCAACAUGCAUGUUUCCUGUGUUUACUAUUUUGCUGUGAUCCUCAUCACGAGGCCGUUCCUCAUUGCAUAUUUGGUAUCGCGCCUUCGUGGAAAAGCACCCGAUCAACUCAUCAGUGAUCCUGACGAAGCAUCAGAUGUAAAUCUUAAGAACAACAAAGUCUCAAAGUUAGGUCAGGUCUGUGUGAACUCAGCCAUUUACAUGGCAGAUAUGUGUCAGCAAGCGACAUUAUCCAAUUUCUCCUUUCGAAAUUUGUGUCUACUAAAAGCAUGGAUAUUCAGUGCAGGGCUCGUUCUUGGAUUUUCCAUGUUUGCCGGCGAGCCUCGAAAAGAUAUCGAGGAUUCCUUCAAAGCCACCUGUGGCGUUCUCGACAGCAUUGCUGCCACAAGCUCACAGGCACAACUUUAUCACGAAAUACUCAUUAGUCUAUCUGAUUCCGUCGUCAAAUAUCGCUAUCGAGUGUCGGCUGAGGUGCGCCGCACGGUACAGCAUUACAUGGACCAGAUACUGGUCAUUCACCCUGUACGCGACAUGGAUGAUAUCCCUCAAGACUAUCUGAACUCUGAAACUGUCAAUGGAGGCCCAGAAGACCAGCACGCUAGUGCCUUCGUUGACCCUGUUUUACACGCGAAUGCGCUCGAUCCCGAGAACAGCAUGGGCGGGCAUCACCCGCUACCGAAUACUGCUUGGCUCAAAGAUUUACACUGCGAGUGGGACGAUCUCUAUUUGCAACUGAGCGACGACUUUGUACUGGACAAUGAACCUUUUGAGAAAUUGUUCUAUAGCGUCGAAUAA